AUGUUUUUUUGUAUUUUAUUAAUUGGUGCAACAAAUGUUUCUGAUUCUCAUAUAAAUUACUUCAAUAAUCAAUUUCAUAGUAAUUUAUACAAUUUUGUAAAUACCGAAGAGUUUAAAAAACAAAAUACAGUUCAUAAAAACUCAUUAUGCAAUGAGAAAAUACAGAGAGAAAGUUACUUAGAAGAUGUACGUAAUCAAAAAAUUAACAAGUUCUGUAUAAAUAGUGACCCUACAUAUAAACAAUAUUACCAACAUACACAUGAAACAAAUAGAAUGUUUUUAAUUCCAAAUAAAGAUGAUAAAGAGCUUUUUCAAAAUACGGAAAGCACAGAUUUUUUUGAUCGGGAUGACUUAAUGGACGCUAGUACAAAUACAGUAUUUAAAAACGUUUUUACUAAUACCACUCAGCACUUGAAUGAUAUUUUAAGUGCUACAGAUUUUUUACAUACCAAAAUAACAGAAAGAAAUUCGUCAAUGAUAAAUAAUGAGUAUUUUUCUGCACAAGUUAAAACAUGUCUAAAUACUAAUUUUCCUAAGCAAAUUGAAAGUAUAACGGAUGUUCAAGAAAAUAAAUUUUUGAUUGAACAUCAAAUAUUUGAUUAUACUGAUAAUUACACAAAGCCCAAUAAUCAAAAUAUUGAAGAUAUAGUUAUUGAAACUGAUUUGUAUAAAGAGAUUGACAGAUACAUUCAUUGGGAGCCUAGUGAGUAUGAUGAUAAAAAAAAAUUGUAUCAAAAGGUUGAUUUUGAACAUGGUAAUAACAAUUUAGUUGAUUCUAGUUUUAUACAUUGUGCUAUCAAUAAAAAUGCAAAUGUUUCUACCAAAGAGGUUGGCGAAUAUUCUAAUAUUAACUUUAAAAAGUCUUUACAUCAUUGCGAUUUAAUUGCAAAUUAUACAAAAGAACAAAAAAUAAAAAAUACUUGUUUUGUUUUAGAUUGUAAAACCACAAAAAUAUUUUCAUCUGAUAAUUCAUAUAUUGUGUUUGCAAGUACUAUUAAUAUUUAUAAAAAAGAUUUACGAGCAUUUAAGGAUAAAUUUUUUGAAAAUGUAAGAAAACAAUCAAACGGGAAACAUAUUCAAUGCAACUUGACUAAAAAUUCAAAAUAUGUCUUUAUUCGUCAGAGAAUAACAACAAAUUCUAAAUGGUUUUUUACUUUUAGAAAUUCGACUGUUAAAUUUCUUAUAGAUAAUGUUAAAAUGCUCCAUUUAUCAGCAAAUACUAAAACAUUAAUUUUUGACUAUUUUGAAUUUCUUAGAAAAUUUGCACAGUUUAUUGCCAACUUUAAAAACUAUAUUCAUUUGCAAAAAUACAACUAUUGUGAUAUAAUUAGUAAUAUAACAUUUAUUGAAGCUAUCAAGAGCAAAAUGAUUGUAAAAUAUAACUUUGAAAAGAUAAAAAUUUUGCUGCAGCAAAUCGUUGAAAAAGAUAUAAAUCCUAAAUUUUUUAACUCAAAAGUCGAAAAAAAAUUAAUGCAUAUUUUAUGCAACAUUCAAUCGUUUGGAGAAAAAUUUAAAAUUCAUUGUGAAAAUAUUACGGAAUUGAAAGAGUUUUUUGAUUUAAAUAAAUUUUAG